CCUGACGGUGUGUGUGUGUGUGUGUGUGUGUGGCGGGUGCCACACUUUUUCAUCUCGUGAUUCAAUUGUGUGCUCAGCGAUCAUUGUUUUAUGAGAGCAAUCUCACUGCAAGACAUCUGUAAGGAUACAGUCUCUGUAAGGAACACGAUAAUGCAUUCUGUCAUUUUUUUCCCUCUCUCUCCCCAAGUUUCUCGGUUUCACAAAUUUCGUCCCCCCAUGUUAAAACCAAUCACUGAUUCACGUGUACUUUGACUCUCCCAAACACACUCAAUAACAUCCAUUCUAAAGAAGAUCUAAUCACACACGUAGGCAAUUUAAUGUAAAAACUAUUCCCUGUCUAAAUAGGCCAUUUUAUUUUGAAUUUAUUGUAUUUUGUUAUAUAUAUUUUUUCCGCCACUUGAGAUAUGUCUAAUAGCCACUGAGUUGUUCCUCUAGAUGCAGAUGAAACCUCAAAACUUCUGCAUGGUCUGUUACUUCAGUGUAGUCACACCACGUGGCCUCCGUGACCUGCCAAAGGUAACUCCUCUACUUUUCCUUUGGACGGCGACCGAAAGAAAGAGACAAUAACACUGAGGGAAAGAGGUCAACUGUCCUUACUGUCCUAAGGACUAAACAAGGACUGCUUUGACGUUCUGAAGUUAAAACCUUGAGGUAAGUGAGGACUGAAACAUACUCAGAGAGAAGCUCCCUGUGCAAAGUGGCUCGGGUGGCAUGGUGGAUCUGUUUGUGACCAUGAAGCACCAGUGGUGCGUGAGUCUGGUCCAGAUCAUGCUUGUUUUUGGCACAAUGAGCAUCGAUAAUUAUCCUGCUGCAGAGGGGAAGGGGUGCUGCCAAAAAAAGUUUGUGCAUAUUUUUGCCACCAUUAACCCAUUGGUACUAAAGCAGCCUCUACUGGCCUACUACAUGAAUACACACUGCAUAGACUUUGAAUACCCUUUGCGACGGAUUGAAUACUUUAAUAAUGUUUUUUUAAGGUAUUUUCAGAAUUCUUGUGAGCUCAUUGCUCCAGUGCAUUACCACAUGACCUCCAAAGGUGUAGUCCCAAUGUUUCCUUUGGACAGCAACCAAAAGCAGUUAGACCACUCAAAGUGAAGACUUAAGAUAUACAGUAUGUUAAAAACAACAUAGCUUAUCACGUGUCCCACAGACAGUUCCACUGCAGACUGUGGUCCCCUCUCACACAGGCAAACAGAGGAGGAGGCUCUUGACAGAUUCAUUUGAAAGAAAGUUAAAAAAAGAAGAAGAAAGAAGCUGAUAUGCACUGACAGUAUAUUAUGAAAAGACUGUUAUUAAAAAAAUAUUGCAUAAACAGUGGUCCAGUCUGACCAUUUAUUCUCACACACACACACACACACACACACACACACACACAAAGAGAGGAGGGAUCCAACCUCGGCUGCACGUCGUCUUCGCAGUCUACACCGUCUGCAGUCAGCACCUCUCGUCCUUUCCUUCUUUGACUCGGACGGAUUUUGAUCAUCAUUUACUUGACUCCAUCCUCGUCUGGUCAUUUUGAUUCAGGGGGAGGAUGCAGCGUUUUCUGUGGAGAAGUCUGCUGAUUGUAGUGCUUGGAUUAAUCAAUGGUCGCAGCUGAAUCACAGGAUACAUGGAGGAAACACAAGCCUGCGUCUGUGACAAACUUGUGCAAGGCAAACCCACAGGGGGUCCCAGGGGAAGAUGGCAUUCUGGAGGAGAAGUACUUAUCUUGCAUGGCCGAGCAUAAUAAUGCCCCUUCAUGAAUCACCUUGGCGUAUGAGCCACGAGAUGAAUGCCAAAGCUGUAGUUGUGGAUGGAGUCUUCAAAAGUACCCUGAGAGGGAGAUGCAGGAUUUGCAACAGAACAUGAGACAGAACAUGAGAAAGGAUGAAUAUGCUCUUGCUAUCUCUAUGUAGAGAAGGAACGCCACGUAAAAGCCAAUGCGCGGGACUUCAACGACAAGUUCUCUUAUGCCGACAAUCGAAUCAAAACCUCAAAGUAUGACAUUUUCACCUUCCUGCCCAUCAACCUGUUUGAACAGUUGCAGCGGGUGGCCAAUGCUUACUUCCUCGUGCUGUUGACACUGCAGUUAAUCCCAGAAAUCUCCUCACUGUCCUGGUUCAUGACCAUCGUGCCUUUGGUGUUGGUGCUGGUGAUCACCGCUGUCAAGGAUGCCACAGACGACUAUUUCCGACAUAAGAGCGAUCAGCAAGUCAACAACCGUCAGUCUCAGGUUCUCUCCGGGGGAAGUUUGCAGAAUGAGAAAUGGAUGAAUGUUCGAGUGGGAGACAUCAUCAAACUAGAGAAUAAUCAGUUUGUCACUGCAGACAUCCUCCUUCUCUGUAGCAGUGAGCCCAAUGGACUGUGCUAUAUUGAGACAGCAGAGCUGGAUGGAGAGACAAAUCUGAAAGUUCGUCAGGCCUUGACCAUCACCUCAGAUUUGGGUGAUAUUUCCAAAUUGAUGGACUUUGAUGGAGAAGUCGUUUGUGAGCCACCGAACAACAAGCUGGAUAAAUUCACAGGAACAUUAUACUGGCGGGACAGUAAAUACCCUCUGGAUAAUGGAAAAGUGCUGCUGCGAGGUUGUGUGCUCCGAAAUACCGAGUGGUGCUUUGGAAUGGUCAUAUUUGCUGGGCUGCAAACCAAACUGAUGCAGAACUGUGGGAGAACAAACUUUAAAAGGACAAGUAUUGACAAACUGAUGAACACUCUGGUCCUGUGGAUUUUUGCCUUUCUCAUAUGUAUGGGAGUUAUUUUGGGCAUGGGAAACACUAUUUGGGAGAGUCGGAUCGGCAGGAACUUCCAGGCGUUCUUGCCUUUGAGUGAGCUUCAGAGCAGCGCUGUUUUCUCCGGCUUCCUCACCUUCUGGUCCUACAUCAUCAACCUCAACACUGUGGUGCCCAUCUCGCUGUAUGUCAGUGUGGAGGUUCUGCGGCUCGGCCACAGUUACUUCAUUAACUGGGACAGGAAAAUGUACCACCGUCAGACGGACACUGCAGCCGAAGCUCGCACCACCACCCUGAACGAGGAGCUGGGCCAGGUGGAGUUCGUCUUCUCUGACAAGACCGGCACCCUCACCCAGAACAUCAUGGUGUUCAGCAAGUGCUCCAUCAAUGGACGCAAGUAUGGUGAUGUUUAUGAUGAAUUUGACCAGAAGGUGGAAAUUACAGACAAAACCGCCUGUGUGGACUUUUCCUCCAACCCUCUUUGUGACAGAGGGUUUAAGUUUUACGACGGCAGCCUGUCUGAAGCUGUCAAACUGGAGGAUGCUGCCGUGCAGGAGUUCUUCAGACUGCUGGCUUUGUGCCACACGGUGAUGCUGGAGGAGAAGAGUGAAGGGCUUUUGGUGUACCAGGCCCAGUCACCUGACGAGGAAGCACUGGUCACCGCAGCACGGAACUUUGGGUUCGUCUUCCGGGCUCGAACCCCCGAGACCAUCACACUGUGUGAGAUGGGACGAACCGUCACCUACCAUCUGCUGGCCAUACUGGACUUCAACAACGUGCGCAAGAGAAUGAGUGUCAUUGUAAGGAAUCCACAAGGCCAGAUUAAACUUUACUCCAAAGGAGCUGACACUGUUAUCUUUGAGCGCCUGGAUCCAUCCAGUGACGACCUCAUGUGCACGACCUCAGAGCAUCUCAGUGAAUUUGCUGGAGAAGGGCUUCGGACAUUAGCUCUGGCCUACAGAGACCUCGAUGAAAAUCAUUUUGAAGUUUGGAUGAAGAAGCUUCUGUUCGCCAGCACUGUGAUUGAGAACCGCGAGGAUCAGCUGGCAGUUCUCUACGAGGAGAUCGAGCAGGGCCUGAAGCUUCUAGGAGCCACAGCAAUAGAGGACAAACUACAGGAAGGAGUCCCAGAAACGAUCGCCUGUCUAAAUCUAGCCGACAUCAAGAUCUGGGUCCUCACAGGAGACAAACUAGAGACUGCAAUGAACAUUGGCUACUCCUGCAACUUGCUGCAAGACGACAUGAACGAGGUGUUUGUUGUGUCUGGCCACACACUGCUGGAGGUGCAGCAGCAGCUCAGGGGUGCGAUGGAGCACAUCCUCAGCCUGAGUCGAGCUGGCAUCGCAGGAGAUGCUGACAAGUCAGAUAUGUUUGCAGACGACUCUGCGUUUGAAGAAACCGUUAUUGCAGAAUACGCCUUAGUCAUCAAUGGACACAGUUUGGCUCAUGCCCUGGAGCCACAGCUGGAGCACGUCCUGUUGGACUUGGCCUGUUUGUGUAAAGCAGUCAUCUGCUGCCGGGUCACUCCGAUGCAGAAAGCUCAGGUGGUGGAGCUGGUGAAGAGGCACCGGGGGGCCGUCACCCUGGCCAUAGGGGACGGAGCCAAUGACGUCAGCAUGAUCAAGACUGCUCACAUCGGUGUUGGCCUCAGUGGUCAGGAGGGGAUGCAGGCUGCUCUGGCAUCGGAUUACUCCUUCGCUCAGUUUCGGUACCUUCAGCGGCUCUUGUUGGUGCACGGACGCUGGUCCUACUUCCGCAUGUGUCACUUCCUGCGUUACUUCUUCUACAAGAACUUCGCCUUCACGCUGGUCCACUUCUGGUAUGGUUUCUUCUGCGGUUUCUCAGCUCAGACUGUGUAUGACCAGUGGUUCAUAACCCUCUUCAAUAUAGUCUACACAUCUUUGCCAGUACUGGGAAUGGGACUUUUUGAUCAGGACGUCAGUGACCAUAACAGCCUUCGCUACCCGGGCCUGUACAAGCCGGGCCAACGAAACCUUCUGUUCAACAAGCGGCAGUUUUUUCUGUGCACACUGCAGGGGAUGGGCACGUCGUUCCUGCUCUUCUUUAUUCACUACGGAGCCUUCUUUGCCAUGGCGAGAGAGGACGGCUCCCACUUUUCUGACCAGCAAGCUUUUGCUGUUACCAUAGCAACAUCCUUGGUUAUUGUUGUAACUGUGCAGAUUGGACUUGACACACACUACUGGACAGCUGUCAAUCACCUCUUCAUAUGGGGGAGUGUGGCUGUGUACUUUGUCAUUUUAUUUGCAAUACAAAGCAAUGGCAUAUUUGGCAUCUUUCCAAGUCAUUUCCCAUUCAUCGGCACGGCCAGCAGCUGUCUGUCAGAGAAGAGUGUGUGGUUGGUGAUUCUGCUCACCACUGUGGUGUGUGUUGUGCCCGGCUUGGCAGUCAGCUUCCUGAGAGUAGACCUCUUCCCAACCCUGACAGACAAGGUUCGUCACCUGCAACAGUCGAGAAGGAGGAAAGGGCCUCCCGAGCGGAACCCGAGGCGAGUUCGCAGGACAAGCUCCCAUCGCUCUGCCUAUGCCUUCUCCCACCAGCAGGGUUACGGAGAGCUGAUCACCUCAGGCAAAAACAUGAGGACGGGCACAGUGUCUCCUGCUCGCUCUCCUGCACGAACACAGCACAGCUCCAACUGGAUGGAAAACAUAUUAAAGAGAUCCAACGAAGUCUCUUGCAUCUCCGAUGAGCAACAUAAAGCAGCAACAGUAUAACAGAGUAUUACGGACUCUAGAUAAACAGCACACAGACUGAGCUCCACCUCUAAUGAUCACUUUAUGAACUAUGGGAUGCCAUAAAUGGAUGGAUGCAACAGACCAAGCACAAGUUGAGUGAAUUCAUACUCAAAUUCAACAACACAGAUGUACCUCAAUUUUUUAUCGUGCGAUUCAUGUGGACUCUUUUGAAUGGACAAGUUUAAUAACCUUCAGUGUGCAAAAAAUGUUUAAUGCCUGCCGGUACAGAAUCUUUCCUGCAUUAACUGAUUCAAUUGGACCUUUUCACAAACAAUGGUGUAAUACAAAAAUGUCAAAAGCAAAGGUAACCCCAGGCUACAGUCACAAAAAUAUAUUGAUAGACUUUAGUCCUUAAAACAAAUAUGCAUUGAAGAUUUCACCUCAACCUAGAGAUUUGUGUAAAUACUUGAGUAAAGUUGCUGAAAAAAAUAAGCACAACUUGACACAACAACACUAACCCUUUUACUGACACCAUAUUUUGUCCAUAUAUAACAAGCCACAGAACAAACAGGGACCUCAGAUAAGGGAUUUGUAAUGCUUAGAGCUUUUUAAGGACAAGGAUGUGCAAGAAUUAUUCUGAGAUCUGUUUUCCCUGUCCUGUCCUGUGCCUUGUAUGGUUUACAUAUAUUUCAAUCAAUGCAUCUUUGGUUAUUUCAUGUUUCUUCAAAUGUUGAAACUGGAAUGUAUGGUUUAAAUCCUCAAACACACGGUUCUCGCCUCAUUUUAAACUUUGUACAAUUGUUGCAUUAUCAUUAUCAAAUGUUCAAUUUGGUUCUUGUGCUUCUUCCCAAAAUAGAGAGAAUGAUCAGAAUAUAAAAUACUGUGGAAAUUAGCUGGAAAAAAAUAGAAACCAAACAUUUUUUAAAAAUCCUCUCAUAUAUAUCAUACUAUGAGUAGCAGUUGAGCAGAAAGAGUGAACGAGAAAUGCUGGGUGAGAUAUGUUUGCUGCAGAAUGCUGCAGUUGCCUUCAGUACAGUACAGUACAGUAGCAUGUGCCUUAGACCACUGAGCCUCCACCAUCUCAGCUCUCUAAUGAAGUGAAAAUUGAUCCUGUGCAGAAUAGUGUGAUCAUCAGGACUUUCUACUCUGAUUUCCCAACGGCUCACAACAAGCCUUCAACACAACAACCUCACACAUUUUUACAGACAGAAGAAACGUGUCUUACGUGAUGCUGUUCCAAUGAUGCACAUGUAAAAGCAUGAAAUUGUUCAUCAUAUUUAAUUCUCCAUGUUUUGUUUCCCUUGUUAAAUACUAAUGUCUAUCUCUAAAAUGUUAAUAAAAGAUGACUGGAUCGAUUUUUUAAAGUACGAAUUAAGCAUGUAUUGCUAUUUUAAUCAUCUUUUGAUUGUUUACAUGAAAACAGUCUGUGAACAACAGUGAACAAUGAGACAAUCAGUUAGCUAUACAAAAUUAUUACAAAGACCCUAACAUUCAUGGUUUACAAAAAAUGACA